UGAGCCAACAAUAUUAGCCAGUCUGUGCUGAAUGUGACACAAUGAGAGCACAUCCAGCAUGGGUCGACAAGGUGCAAGAAAAGACAGAUCAAUGUAUAUAUGAUCUUUGCUUCAAUCCGGACGGUUCGCAAUUGGUCGUUGCCUCUGGCAAUCAGGUCCUUGUCUACGAGACCAGCGAUGGUGCUUUGAUUCAGUCAUUAAAAGGGCAUAAAGAUACGGUAUAUUGUGUCUGCUAUGCGAGGGACGGCAAGAAGUUUGCGUCGGGAGGUGCGGACAAAAGUGUCAUCAUCUGGACCUCUAAGCUGGAAGGGAUAUUAAAAUAUUCGCACAAUGAAGCUGUACAGUCGAUGCAUUUCAAUCCCGUCUCGCAUCAGCUUCUCAGCUGUUCGCUCUCGGACAUCGCCUUUUGGUCCGCGGAGCAGAAGGCUGUGCAGAAGCACAAGUCGGGCGGCAGAGUCAAUUGCUGUGCGUGGACAAGGGACGGACAGUACUUGGCCCUUGGUCUUGCAACUGGAUAUGUAUCCAUAAGGAACAAAAAUGGUGAGGAAAAAACGCGCAUUGAACGGCAAAUCGGAGUACCAAUUUGGAGUUUAUCGUGGAAUCCUUUACAGGACGACGCUACGGAUGUUCUCUGCAUUGCUGAAUGGAACGGAGUCAUCUCGUUUUACACCAUCGGCGGGGAAGCUGUCAGAAGGGAGAGAUCGUUCAGUUUUAUACCGCUUAGAGUCACUCACUUCCCGGAGGGCCAGUAUCUUCUCGUUUGCGGCAGUAAUAAGCAAUGCCUGUUGAUGACGCACGACGGCAUACAGCUGGUUAAUGUAGGCGGUACCUUCUCCUCGUGGGUAUGGAGCUGUGCCGUUCAUCCGAGUGCCACACACGUUGCACUCGGUACCCAAGACGGAACGAUAACGUAUCUACAACUGUCCUGGAACAUCGUGCACGGUCUCUACGGCGAUAGAUACGCGUACAGGGAGAACAUGACCGACGUGAUAAUCCAGCAUUUGAUCACGAAUCAGAAAGUUCGAAUCAAAUGCAAAGAUCUGGUAUGCCGCAUCGCGGUGUACCGGAACAGACUAGCUGUGCAAUUACCCGAGCGCGUGAUCAUUUACGAGCCGUCCGGCGCCGGCGACGCGAUGCAUUACAGGAUACGAGACAAGCUUAAUCAGACGUUGAACUGCAAUCUGUUGGUUGUCACGUCGAACCACUUGGUUUUGUGCCUGGAAAGACGUCUGCAGAGUCUCUCGUUCGCCGGGAUAAUAGAGAGAGAAUGGAUACUCGAUGGACUUAUCACGUACAUCAAAGUGGCGGGCGGUCCCGCCGGCCAGGAAUGUCUGAUAGCUGGCCUGAAGAGCGGACACGUAAUGAAGAUAUAUCUCGACAAUCCGUUUCCGGCGCACGUCGCGAAGAUCGACGACGCCGUGAGGUGUCUGGACAUCAGCUCCUUGAAGGAGAAAAUGGCGGUGGUCAGCGAAGCCGGUGUCCUGUCCGUCUUCGAUCUGUGCACCGGCGAGAAGCUGCAGGAGUUCCAGAAUGUCAACAGCGUCGCGUUCAACAUCGCCUUCGAGGACAUCAUGUGCUUCGCAGGCAACAACUACCUCGCGAUAAAGGUCGCGAACUUCUCCGAGUACAGGCAGAAGUUCUCCGGUUUCGUCGUGGGACACAACGGCUCGAAGCUGUACUGCUUGAACGGCUCGUCCAUCAUGACGCUGGAGGUGCCGUUGUCGUUGUUCAUGUACCAGUAUAUAGACAUCGGAUUGUACAACCACGCUUAUGACAUAGCGUGCCUGGGCGUGGCCGAAUCGGACUGGCUCGCUUUGGGGACGGCGUGUCUGGACAAUCUGGAACUGAACAUCGCGUACUCGGCGUUCGCGCGAGUAAAGAAGCUGCGUUAUAUAGAAAUCGUGUCCGAGGUGGAGGAGAAAUUGAAGUCGGGCGAAUGGGGACGGGAGGCCUGCAUGGCUACCGCCGCGGCCGCCAUGGGGAGGCUCCGCGACGCGGCGAAGCUCUAUCAGAAAGCCGGUCUGCAGCAGUACGCCCUGGACAUGUAUUCCGACCUACGGAUGUUCGACAUCGCACAGGAAUUUAUCGCCUCCGGCAACACGCAGGAUCGUACAGUAUUGUUGCGACGGCGAGCGGAAUGGGCAAAGAGCUUGGGCGAGCCGCGCGCCGCGGCCGAGAUGUUCCUCUCCGCGGGGGACAUCGAUCGUGCCAUCAGUAUUAUCGCCGAGUACGGUUGGAUCGACAUGCUGAUCAAAGUGGGCAGACAAUUGGAUAAGGCGGACAGGGACAAUCUGUCCAUGAUCGCCAAGAAGCUCAAGCAACUGGGUGCUUCGCACGGCGCGGCGGAGAUCUUCAGCCGGCUGGGCGACGAUCCUGACGUUGCCGACGUGCUCGUGGACGCGCAAGCGUGGCCCGAGGCCUUCGAACUCGCGGAGAGAAAUCCGAAGUUGAAGUCGCGGGUAUACGGGCCGUAUGCGCGAUGGUUGGCGGAGACCGGACGAUUUUCCGAGGCUCAGGAAGCAUUCCAAAUGGCAGGACAGCCAGAAGAAUCCAUACUCGUACUCACGAUGCUGGCUGACAACGCUGUGAUAGAGAAGAGGUUUCGCGACGCCUCCUACUUUUACUGGCUGCUGUCGCAGUUGAGUCUGGAUUUGUCGAAGAGCAUGGAAGAGAUAAAAAUGAUGUUUCUCAAUUAUUCCGACAAAGCGGACGUCUACUAUGCGUAUCACGAAGUGUACAAGUACCUGGAGGAACCCUUUACGUCCCUGAUGCCGGAGGCGUUAUUCAACAUUUCGAGGUAUUUGCUCAUGAAGACGCAAAACGUGCGACUAGACGGCAUCUCGAAGAUAACGAUAAUGUACAGCCUGAUGAAACAAGCGCGGAUACUGGGAGCCAACAAGCUGGUUAUGCAACUGUUGGACCAGCUACGCUCGAUGAAGGUCCCCGCGAAUCUCCUGGCGCAAAUAGAGACGUCGACUCUAAUCGCCAGAUCCUAUCCGUAUCGCGAUCCGGAAGAAUUGUUGCCCCUCUGCUACAAAUGCUCCACAUUUAAUCCGUUAUUGCCGACGAAUAACGUCUCCGGUAGCAAUUGCACGCAAUGCGGUUUAAAGUUUCAAUAUUCCUUCGUUAUGUUCGAAAUCCUGCCGUUAGUCGAGUUCGAAUUGGAGGACGACAUCACGGAUGAGGAAGCGGAGAAACUGAUAGAGGAGCCAUUACCUUCCUCCGACGAUCUCGCAGUUAGCGAUCAAUUUACCGUAACUUCCAACGACGCCGACCUCUUCACCGCCCGUUUAAUGAGAUACGAGGAAAAAUCCAAUAAUUCUAUGGUGACAGUCGGAAGAGGGGUGUUGAAAAGUAUGGAUCCGUCCACCGUGAUAAUUAUUAAGUGGCCUAAGCCCUUUAAGACUCGAUACUUUAGGAAUCUUUUGUCCGAUCUCCAGAUCAGCUUGUGCAAGUGUUGUUUAAAGCUAUUUCAUUCGGAUGACUACGAACUGGCGUUGUUACGACACGGCCACUGCCCGUUCUGUCGGACGCCGAACGUGACCGCUUGAGAUAAUGUGAAAUAAGAAACUUGUUAUAGAUCAAACGUGCAUAUAUAUCGAACUGUUGAAAAUAUUUGAGAAACGUUUUAAUCGCGCGAAAUGACAAAUGUUUUAGAAACGUUUUUAAUCCUUCUAUUUAGGGUCAGAUCUUGUACAGCACCGUUGUAGCAAUAAUACAUACGACUUGUUUUUUAUACGCGAGACCUUUUGCAAUUACGUUAUUUUUUUUUAUAUUUGCGUUACCGUCACGAUUGUAUUAUUCGGAUAAAUAAAACAAAAGUACCUCAC